AUGGUCAAUUUAGUUCUGGGCCGCUUGUCUACCAACAAAAAUGGUGAUUUUGUUGAUAGUGAAGGCCGCAAGCUCACCUUAAAGGGCAUCAAUAUUGAUGCGAGUUCAAAGCUCCCAUUCACUCCAAAUAUCCCCAGUAGCUUCCCUUCCGCGAAUGAGCUAUUCUGGGAUGGUGAAAAUGUUUCCUUCGUGGGAAGACCUUUCCCUCUAUCCGAGGCAAGAACUCAUUUGUUGAGAAUUAAGUCAUGGGGGUUUAACGUCAUAAGAUACAUCAUCACUUGGGAAGCGAUAGAACAUGAAGGUCCGGGAAAAUAUGACGACGACUUUAUUGAAUAUACUUGCGAAGUGUUACGAAUCAUUCAAGAUAUUGGGGGAAUCUACGUUUUCUUCGACCCUCAUCAAGAUUGCUGGUCUCGUUUUUCUGGGGGAAGCGGUGCACCAUUAUGGACCUUUUAUGCUGCUGGCAUGGAUCCAAAGAAGUUUGGCGUUUGUGGAGCAUCUAUUUUACAUGGCGACUUCUAUGAUCCGGAUGAUAAAGAUCAUAGCCAGCAAGAUCCCGAAGUCUAUGCUAAGAUGCUUUGGCCCACCAAUUAUUAUAAGUUGGGAGCAGCAACAAUGUUCACAUUAUUUUUCAAUGGUAAGAUGUUUGCCCCUAAGGCAAUGAUUAAUGGUGUGAACAUUCAAGACUAUUUGCAGAGCCAUUUCUUCGACUCUUUCCAAUAUUUGCUCUCCCAAAUUAAGAGCAAACAUCCAGAAUAUUUCGAUGAAAUGAUUGUGGGUAUUGAAAUGAUGAAUGAGCCCAAUGUUGGUUUCUAUGGGACCUCAGACUUAAAGAAGAUUCCGCGCGAGAGAACUUUGAGAGUGGGGCAUACACCAACAUGGUAUGAUUGUUUGCAAUUGGGGGUUGGGAGAAAAUGUGUUGUGGACAAUUAUAAAAUUACCGUGUUUGGACCAAGAAAGACGGGUACAACUGAGAUUGAUCCUAUGGGAGAGACUGUAUGGUUAAGCCCAAGCAGUGGGAAAUCUUGGGAUACCAAGUACCAAUGGGACAGAGCCUCCUCUUGGAGACUAGGAGAGUGCCUUUGGGGUCAGCAUGGGUUAUGGGACCAUGUAACUGGAGAAAUAACUGAGCCAAACUUCUUCAAAGUGGAUCCUCACACUGGUCAAGAGCUUGAUAUUGAUUCGUUCACCAACGGUCCCUUUGUUGAGUAUUAUAUUAACUUCAAGGAAAAGAUGAGAUCAGUGCAAGACAAUAUUUUUAUUUUAUUACAUCCAGUGGUUUUCGGAAGACCGCCUAAAUUGGUUGAUAAGCCUGAAUUGAUAGAUGAUAAAAUAAUUUACGCCCUACAUUAUUAUGAUGGCCUCUCUUUAAUGUCUAAAACUUGGAACAAGAUUUAUAACGUUGAUACUUUUGGUAUAGUACGUGGCAAAUACUCAAAUCCGAUAUUUGGUCUAGUUUUUGGAGAAACGAAUAUCAGAAACUGCAUCAGAAGCCAAUUGAGAGAAAUGAAAUCCGAAGGGAAGAAAAACUUGGGGAAAUCAGUGGCAGCAAUUGUUACAGAAACUGGAAUGCCAUUUGAUAUGGAUGGAAAAGCAGCGUUCAAAGAUGGCAAUUACGACAAGCAGACCAGCGCUUUAGAUGCCCUUGGAUAUGCUUUAGAAGGUUCUGAUUUGUCCCAUACUUACUGGUGUUAUUGCUGGAUUAACUCUCACAAAUGGGGAGAUUCAUGGAACUGUGAAGAUUUCUCGUUUUAUUCUCCUGAUGAUAUGAAUUCAAUAGAAGAUGAUAACAUUACAGUAUCUUCUGAAGAAGAACAGAAGAAAAGGCGCGAUACUGAAUCAGAUGAUGCUGAAACAACCAGUAUGAUGGCAGCACCCGUCUUGGCUGACGCUACCGCUUCGUUCCAGCCAGCGACUCGCAACGGGGUUCGUGCUGCAAAUGCAAUCAUCAGGCCGUACGCCCUAAAGAUUCAUGGAACUAGCGUUGAACACUGUGAAUUUGACAUGAAGAAUCAACUAUUCAAAUUAAAAAUUGGAAGUGCCAUUUCUUGCUUCUCAGCCACCGAAUGUGGUGGUCCUAGUAUCUGUACAGAAAUUUACUUGCCAAAGAGACAUUUUAAGUUGGAAAAUUAUCAAGAAUAUUUAGAUGUCAAGCUAAGUUCUGGGGAAUUUGUGGUAGAUGUAGAUUCAGAGAUCUUGAAAUGGUAUCAUGGGCCAGGAAAACAAGAAAUAGAAAUAUCCAAUUAUUCUGGUGCCAUGGGGGCAUCGUCAACAAAUGAUUUUGUGUGCCUGUUUGGCAAUAUUUUAGGUUGGAAUUGA